GCGCGUGUUUCCGCUCGGGCCGUUCUGGCGGGUGCGCUCUGCGGUGCUGGACGGAAAUGGCGAUGUGUGUCAGUAAAGGUUGCUAAUGUCGUGUAAAUAUAAAUAUCGGCUCGACUGGACCCCGCGGGGACCUCUGUGAGUAACGCCGGUGAAGCGUGUGCGGAGCAGCUGCGUCCUCUGACCUCUCUGAAGCGCUCGUGGAUUGAGCUGACGAUGGCCUCCAGCCUGAAGCAGACCGACGGAGAGACCUUCAUGCUUUCAGGAUCUAACGGACUGAAUGGGACGAAGCCGUCGGGAGUGGAGCGGAAGCACAGCAGCCGUCUGUCCCGCGUGGCCCCCAUGGCGCUGGAUGUUCAGGGCAAAUGCGCGGCGUACGUGUUGGCCCUGAGGCCGUGGAGCUUCAGCACCUCCCUCACCCCCGUGGCUCUAGGCAGCGCUCUGGCCUAUAAGCUGGAGGGCUCGGUGGACCUGCUCAUCCUCCUGGUGUGUGCCGUGGCUGUUUUGGUGGUCCACGGGGCGGGGAACCUGGUGAACACCUACUAUGACUUCUCGAAGGGAAUUGAUCAUAAGAAGAGCGACGACAGGACUUUGGUGGAUCAGAUCCUGAAGCCGCAGGACGUGGUGAUGUUCGGCGCGGCGCUGUACUCCGCUGGAUGUCUCUGUGCCACUCUGCUCUACUUCCUCUCCACCCUCAAACUAGAGCAUCUAGCUCUCAUUUAUUUCGGAGGACUAUCCAGCUCUUUUUUAUACACUGGAGGCAUCGGACUGAAGUACGUGGCUCUGGGGGACGUGGUCAUCCUCAUCACCUUCGGUCCCCUGGCCGUGAUGUUCUCUCACGCAGUGCAGGUGGGUUAUCUGUCGGUGCUGCCGCUGGUGUACGCCGUGCCGCUGGCGCUCAACACCGAGGCCAUCCUGCACAGCAACAACACGCGAGACAUGGACUCGGACAAGCAGGCGGGCAUCGUCACCCUGGCCAUCCUGCUGGGGCCCACGCUCUCCUACGUCAUCUACAACCUGCUGCUGUUCGUGCCCUACCUGCUCUUCUGCAUCCUAGCCACGCGCUACACCAUCAGCAUGGCUCUGCCGCUGCUCACGCUGCCCAUGGCCUUCCCUCUGGAGAGGCAGUUUCGCCGCCAGUGCUACGCCAAGAUCCCUCAAAAGACCGCCAAGCUCAAUCUGCUCAUGGGACUCUUCUAUGUUUUCGGGAUUAUAUUGGCACCGCAGGGUAGCUUGCCGUUAUUGUGAGCGAACUGUUUUUUUUCUUUUUAAAACUUUGUUAGUCUUGUCAAACGAUUAAUUGUGAUUAAU